AUGUUUUUGCCCAAAGGGGGCGCGGUCUUCUUCAACGUAUGGGGCUUGCACAACGAUGAGAAGUAUAUCCAUGAGCCAGAACGUUUCAAUCCAGAUCGUUUCGCUGGGCGCACGCGUCUCGCACCUGAAUAUGCUACUUCGGCAGACUAUGAGUCUCGAGACCACUAUAACUACGGCGUCGGCAGAAGAUUAUGUCCCGGCAUCCACCUCGGCGAACGCAACCUGUGGAUUGGAAUGGCCAAGUCACUUUGGGCGUUCAAUUUCGAACAGGACGUCGAUUCAACCGGCAACCCGAUCCCGCUGGAUAUGAAUUAUCAAACGGGCUACAGUGAAGGGUUCAUUGUCUGCACAAACGACUUCCCGGCAAAGGUGACACCAAGGUCUGAGAAACGAGUCGAAACCAUCAUGCGAGAAUUUGACCAGGCGAAAUGCGAUGUGUUCUCGAAGUAUCCGUAG